CAUGGGACUACUGCUGUCUAUUGUUCUUGGUUUUCUUGCUGCCCUGAUUGGAGGGCUGUACCUACUCGGGGUGUUUAGACAGCGGCAACCAGGAGAACCCCCCUUGGAUAAGGGACUCAUCCCUUGGCUGGGUCAUGUCUUAGAGUUUCGCAGGAACACGUUAAAGUUCCUGGAUAGGAUGAAACAAAAGCACGGCGAUGUUUUUACAGUACAGCUGGGAGGGCAUUACAUCACAUUCCUUCAGGACCCUCUUUCAUUUGGAGCACUUGUUAAGGAGAGUCGAGAAAAACUGGACUUCAGCAAGUUUGCUGUGCAUCUGGUGCGUAGAGUGUUUGGUUACGUUGCUAUAGAGAACGACCACAAAAUUCUCCACGAGUCCAGCAGCAAGCAUCUGAAAGGGGAUGGACUGCAGGUAAUGACACAAGCCAUGAUGACUAAUUUGCAGAAUCUGUUGUUGCACAACAUCAGCUCAGCUACAGACCAAAGGACCUGGAUGGAAGACGGACUGUUCAUGUACAGCUACAAUAUUCUCUUUAGGGCUGGCUACUUAUCCUUGUAUGGCAAUGUGUCAGAGGGAAGUGAGGAGAAAGCCAAAGAGAAAGACAGUGCUGAAUCAGAAGCCUUAUUUCACGAAUUUCGUAAAUAUGACCAACUCUUCCCCAACCUGGCUUAUGGGAUCCUGCCACCAAGGGAAAGGUUGGAAGCACAGAGACUAAUGGGAUUCUUCUGGAAUUCUCUGUCAGUGCAGAAGAUGAAGACCAAGGACAACAUCAGUCGCUGGGUGUGGGAGAUACAGCAAGCCAAAGAGGAGUUGGGAAUGAAUGAGUCAAUGAUAAACAGGUACAUGUUUGUGCUUCUUUGGGCCUCUCAGGGCAACACAGGGCCUUCUGCAUUCUGGCUGCUCCUCUACCUCAUGAAAAACCCAGAAGCCAUGACAGCAGUGAAGGGAGAGAUAGAUAAGGUUCUGAAGGAAUACGGACAGGAAGUCCUACGUGGUGGCCCUUUAAUCAACCUGACGCAUGAAAUGCUGAUGAAAACACCAAUCCUGGACAGUGCUGUAGAGGAGACCCUCCGACUCACUGCUUCACCCCUCCUCACCAGAGAAGUGCUUCAGGACAUGACCCUCAAGAUGGCUGAUGGGCGCGGAUACUUCCUUCGCAAGGGCGACAGAGUGGCAGUCUUUCCUUACAGUGCCGUUCAUAUUGACCCAGAGAUCCACCCUGACCCACAUUCAUUCAAAUACGACCGCUUUCUGAAUCCAGACGGGAUGAAGAAAACUGACUUUUACAAAGCAGGGAAGAAGGUGAAGUACUACAACAUGCCCUGGGGUGCUGGGGUGUCCAUGUGCCCUGGUCGUUUCUUUGCCACCAAUGAGCUGAAACAGUUUGCUUUUCUCAUGUUGGUCUAUUUUGAGAUUGAGCUGAAGAAUCCUGAUGAGAAGAUACCUGAAUUUGACUUCAGGCGAUGGGGCUUUGGUUCGAUACAACCUACCAGAGACGUUCAAUUUCGAUACAGACUCAGAUAUUAAACCAAUCAGUAAGUUUUUUGUGCACACAUUUUAUUAUGUUGUGGGUCUGUUUUUAGAUUUUUUCAACCUGUAAUUUAGACUUCAUUUGACCAAAAUAACAAGAUCACAUUUUAUGAUGUCAGAGACUAUUGAUUCAAUGAGACCAGAGUAGUGACAAAGUACAUUUUCCUUGACUAGAUAAACCUAGAUUGGUCUCUGAACUUUAUUGUUUUCCAGUGUAGUUGCUCAGUGACCCAUGACUGGUACUUUAUUUUAGCAACUUAGAGCAGCUACAGUAAUUUAACUAUCGCCACAUUUAAAUAAUAUUGUUGCUUACACUCACAUCAUUCAACAGAGCUGACUGUGCAGUUUAUAUGACUGAUGUUGGAAUCUAUUAUCAGAAUCUUGAUUUUGAGAGAAUUGUAAGUCCAUAUGUAAUCCAACUGUAGUUAGGCCUAUGUACCUUUUAACAUGUUAAUAUGAGUCAUGACAUAUAUAUCACUAUUUCUGAAACAGCUUCUGCAUCUGUAUUUUACAUAAAUCUUCCUGAUUGAAAUUUAGCUCUGGUUAACAUCCUUAAAGAAUGUAUUUCUACAAGUUGGUGGUGGAGGAAGUGGUUUAAUUAGGUGAUUGCUGUCAUACAAUAUCACAAACUGGAGAAAAAUAUAAUCUAUACUCACAUUACUUUCAUUGUCUCAAAGAAAUUAAUAUAACAGAACAUAAAAGAACAUAACAGUCAUCUAGGGAAUCAUAAUUUAUAUUUGGGCUUGGGGAGGGUAUCAAGUCGGUUCGAGUCAAAAGGCUGAAGUCCAAAUGAAGUCACAAGCCAGUAGGGUUAAAAUCAAAAUCAAGUUGCAAGUCUUUUUUGAUUUUGUCAAUUUGAGUCUAAAGUUAUCAUAUUUGUGACUCAAGUCCACACCUCUGCUGUCUGGGAAUAUGUAUUGGCUGUUUUUAUUUAAAAAAUCCUUCUCCAUUUUAAGGAGAAAUGCUGUUUUGCAUUCAGACGAUACAGGGACAAAAAAGGUCCAGAACAUACUGAUUUCCAUUACUGAUUUGCUGUUAAAUUGGAUCUAACAUUUUUUUUACUUUAUUUACUUUAUGAAACUAAACAAUAUAUUACUCUUUUUAUAUGAAUGAUCACAUUACAUGUUUAAUUAUCAGUUGAGAAAAAUCUUCAGUUCAUGCUUUGAAAUCAGUUUUUCAACCAACAAAGACAAACUUAAGAAUUUCAAAAAGCUUACAAUGAAGACAAAGAAGAUUUUCACCCCACCCUCACAUUUUUCCUAAAACAGCUGCUUUGAUGUUUGUUGAAACAUUCAGUGCUCAUGUGUACACACGCCAGGCACACAUCUGGCCUUAAUGCAUACCACAUGACAUUGGUCAAACAGAGUCAGUAUUUGCAGAGCAAAGCCUGUGACUUGAUGUUUUGUUUUGCCCUUUCCAAUUAAACAUUGUACAAACAUAAA